AUGCAGAUAAGGAACCGAGUUCGGACUUGGGUCUUGACGGUUGGUAUUUUUGUUUCCGUGUGGGGCUCUCGACAGUGCAAACAGGCACGAAAAGCGUUUGCGGUGGUGCUCCUCUCGCUGUAUAUAAUCGUUCACAUGACGACUGUCACUGUCACUUCUUCUCUCCUCGUCAACGCGCAAAAAUCGAAACUUUCUGCAUCUUGCCUCUCCACGCGCGCCCUAGGGCAACAAACACACGAGGCUAAGACGGCGACGAGGAGGCGCCGAGACGGCUAA